AAAAACUCCACAGCCUUUCACGGACAGCCUGCAGGAGCCUCUCUCCCCUCUGCUGCUGCGCAAGCCAGUGAGACCAACCCACAGGACCACAGAGACACCAUGAAGAGCCUGCUACUUCUCUCCAUUCUGGCUGCCUUGGCCGUGGCAGUUCUGUGCUAUGAAUCUCAUGAAAGCAUGGAAUCCUAUGAAAUUUAUCCCUUCACUAACAGGAGAAAUGCUAAUACUUUUAUAUCCCCGCAACAGAGAUGGAGAGCUAAAGCCCAUGAAAGGAUUAGAGAAAGGACCAAGCCCACCUAUGAGAUCAAUCGGGAAGCCUGUGAUGACUUCAAGCUUUGCGAACGCUAUGCCAUGGUUUAUGGAUACAAUGCUGCCUACAAUCGCUAUUUCCCACAGCGCCGAGGGGGCAAAUGAGAUUGGAAAAAGUCUCUUUCUUUCCAGAGCCUGGUGCCUGGUUUUGUAUUUCUUUGCAGUAGCAUCACUGAACUAUAUAAACACAUACAAACUGCUUAUUUCUUAAACGUUCUUGUCUGGCUGCAGCCCUCCUCCCUGCCCCCAGAUUGAUAAGCAAUGAAAGCGAAGCAUAGUGAAAGUCAAGAAGGACUUAAGAUGUGUAAUUAUUACAAAAUAAACUGCUGGUUGGAUACUUUCA